GUUCAUUUACGUUACAUUUCCAGGCGUAUCGCGUAAAUUUUUUGACGUAUAUUUUGGCGGGAAAUGCGCAAUAUUACGACGUCGUUCGGAAACGCGAAUGAAUAAUUCGAUCUUGUUCUGGGACUGGUCAAAUUUCAAACUGUGGAACAACGUGGCGUCCUGUAUGGAGAAAUGGUUCGGUGAUAAACGGCUGUGGUUAUUCGGUAACAACCUGCCUCUGCUACCGAGAAGAUCCCGCGCGAGCAGUCGCGCUAUGGAGCGCUAUGAGAAACUCGCCAAACUUGGCGAGGGUUCCUAUGGCCUGGUAUACAAAUGUCGUAAUAGGGACACAGGGGAAAUUGUAGCGGUCAAGAAAUUUGUGGAGAACGAGGAUGACCCGCUCAUCAGGAAGAUAGCGUUGAGGGAAAUACGCAUGCUUAAGAAUCUAAAGCACCCAAACUUGGUGAAUCUGAUCGAGGUAUUCCGUCGGAAACGUAAGCUGCAUCUGGUCUUCGAGUACUGCGACCACACAGUGCUGCAUGAGCUGGAAAAGUAUCCCGCAGGUUGCCCCGAGCUGCUGUCGAAGCAGAUCAUCUGGCAGACGCUACAAGGAGUGGCAUACUGCCACCGGCACAACUGCAUACACCGCGACGUGAAGCCGGAGAACAUCCUGCUGACCAGUGAAGGCGUGGUGAAGUUGUGCGACUUCGGCUUUGCUAGGAUGAUCAGUCCUGGCGAGAGUUACACGGACUACGUCGCUACGCGCUGGUAUAGAGCGCCUGAACUGUUGGUGGGUGAUACCAUGUACAGCACACCAGUCGAUGUUUGGGCUAUAGGGUGCGUGUUUGCCGAAUUAUUAUCGAGCGAAGCCAUGUGGCCCGGGAAGAGUGAUUUGGAUCAGUUAUAUCUCAUAAGGAAGACCCUGGGCGACCUAUUACCCAGGCAUAUGACUAUCUUCUCACAGAACACAUUUUUUCAGGGUAUGGCACUGCCGGAACCGACAACACUGGAGCCCUUGGAGAAGAAAAUUCCACAACGAUAUGCACAUAACGAAUUGGUUGUAGACUUUUUGAAGAAAUGCCUGGAUAAGGACCCGAUGAUGCGGUGGACGUGUGAGCAGCUGCUCAGGCAUCCUAUUUUCGAAAAUUUCCUGUUCACCGUUCCCCACUCUGAUCACGAGGAAUACGAAAAGGCCAGGAGAGCUCAGGUGCAGUCAUCUCCGCUACUGCCUCAGCUGAUAGUGUCAGAGCGCAGCCAGCCGGCCAAGGGCAAGAAGUCGGAGCUGGACUCGAGGAGUCACCUGCCCACCAUCUGACUAGCACCAC